UGUUUGCCCCACUACAUCUUUCAACUUCACGUCCACAACAAACUAUCACUAAACACGCCAUUUUUACGCCUCGGAAGUAAAGAUGCAUAUUCUUGUCACUAACGACGAUGGUCCACCAUCAGAUCAAUCCUCGCCGUAUGUGCACUCACUGGUGUCAACACUGCAAAAGUAUGGCCAUACCGUAUCGGUUGUCCUCCCACACACGCAGCGAUCUUGGAUAGGCAAGGCACACCUUGUUGGCAAGUCGAUAUCGCCAACAUACUAUCGCCCAGAGCCCCUACAAACAACCUCCGACGGCCGCCUCACGAACCACGGAACGACUCACAACUCGCCCCUGCCGCCUUCUUCGAAUGAGGAAGAAUGGGUGCUCGUCGAUUCGACCCCUGCCUCAUGCGUACAGAUUGGCCUGUACCACUACUUCACCGAGCGUGGACCAAUCGAUCUCGUCGUAUCUGGACCAAACUAUGGCCGCAACAGCACUGCGAUAUUCUCCCUCUCGUCGGGUACAAUAGGCGGAGCGAUGGAGGCAGCUGUUUGUGGCAUGAAAAGCAUAGCACUCAGCUACGCCUUCUUCGACCGCAACCACGAUGCCAACAUCAUCAGCGGCGCAAGCGAGCUCAGUGCAAAGCUCAUACAAUACUUGUGGGACAACUGGGACAAGAACACGCAUCUGUAUACGGUUAACGUGCCUCUGGUAGAGAACGUAGGAGAGCGCAAGGUCCUAUGGACAAACAUGUUGCAGAAUACGUGGAAGAGCGGCAGCUGUUUUCAGGUGGUGGAAGUGCCAUCGGAAGCCGACGACAAGCCAGCGGACAUCGAAGGCCAAAUCCGCAAGCAAGAAGAGAAACUAGGCAAGAAGGAACUCAGGUCCCACUCGGGGACCGCUGGGGGAGCAAGCGGUACGGAUUCAGGGCAAGAAACGCCAUCUGGACAGCCACAUUCGAGGUAUACGCACAAGCACUUCAAGUGGGCGCCAUCAUUCAAGGAUGUGUACCAGAGCGUGGAGGAGAGCGAGCCGGGCAAUGAUGGGUGGGCUGUUGCGCAGGGAUUUACUAGUGUGACUCCGCUCCGGGCAAACUUUAUGCACGUCAAUGGGUUCGAGGGAGAGAUUAAGCUUUAGUAGAUAACGGGGGGAAGGGAGGCUCUGCGGGGUAGUGUGAACGAUGACGAUCACAUGGUGUCUCGGGGUGUAGUCCGGUGAGACGAGAUCUGGGUUUUUAGGAGAAUACGAGAAGAAGGGGUUUUUUACAAGUGAGAUAUCUAAGUCAGCAAGAUGCGCAGGAAGUAUUUAGAAUAAAUCUUGUAGUAAUUCACGCAUUGAAGUGA